UGUUUCUGUCAUAAAUGGGGAACUGGACCUGUAGAGUAGUACAAGAAAUAAACAAAAACGGAGCAACAAUAAUCAUAAUGAUGGAGAAGAUGAGGAAGUCACAAGAACAUAAAGAUCACAGGAAGAAGGUGGUGUCUUGUUUUCUUUCUUAGGCUGAACAGUGAGGAGACAUGGAAGCUGUGGUUGGACUGUUGCUGAUACUAUUCGGAGUCUCUCAUGGUGUUGAAACCCACUGUGAUGGCAGACAGGAUGGAGCUCAGUGUUAUGGAGCUCUGGGAGGAACUGUGGUGCUCCAGCUGAUGGACAACACCUCAGAAAUAUUUAAAUACCAACGGAAAAAAAACCAAAACACAACAAUACUUAAUGUGAAAGAGGAUAAGAUUGUGUCUAAUGAGAUGAAGGACAGAUCCAUCUUUACUCCCAGUAAUGGAACAUUUAGGAUAAAUAACCUGAGCAGGACUGAUGGUGCUGAAUAUACCCUUCAUAUCUUUGAUUCAAAUGGACAGCAAUUAGAACAGCGGACUCUUCAGUUGUCUAUUCAAGCUCCUGUGUCCUCUGUCCUGCUGGACUCUGGGUGUUUGUCUCAGGGAGAGAUGAGGGUGUCCUGCUCCUCUGAGGGAGGGGACAGUCCUCAGUACAGCUGGACUCUGGAUGGACACACACUGACAGACGCUCAGCUCCUCUCUGGAAAUAAAGAGACCAACAACAUCACUCUGAAACAAGACGUCUCAGGACUACUGGUCUGCUCGGUCAGGAAUCACGUCAGUAAUGUCUCGAACGAAACAAAGAUAUCUACGUGUGACUUCAUAUUCAUCAACUGCACCUUACCCGACGGGACAAACAUAUCACAGUGGGUGUUUUCAGCCAAUAACACCCUGUGUAUUGAUCCAACAACAACCCCUCCCAUGAUCACAGACAUUACAGUAAUGGCUGGUGUUCUCUCGGCGCUGGUAAUUCUGUCAGUAGUCGGGGUGGCAGUCGUCUGUAGUCACAGGAAAAAGCAAAACAACAAACCUAAAGGAGAAGAAGAUGAGCAAGAACUGACCUAUGCUAAUGUGAAGAUCGUGCAGCAGCAACGGAGGCAGAUGCAUCAGACGGCAGAGAUGGAGGUGGAGUACGGCCAAGUCAAGUUUUCAGGGCGACCUCGGAAAACUGUUAAACCAACAGAAGAUGAAUGUGUGUACGCUAAGGUCCAUAAAAGCAGGUGAUAUACAGUGUUCAGCGUUUUAACAAAGACAUAUAUUAUCAUUCAUCACUUGUAAUGUACUCCUGGGUUAUGACUGGCAUCAGUAUGAAAACCUGCCAAAGGAGCUCAAACAUUCAGGUGCAUCAUUUGAAUCACA